CACGAUCCCGCGCAAUCUACCAAUUCCUCAUGUCGCAAGCUUUUGAUCAUUUUUGGGUCCUUUGCGGCAUUUCACGACGGUUGGUGAGAGUGCGCACUUAUAGAAGCAGUGGGAGCAGCAGAAGGAGCAGAUUGGUGGAGUGAAGACGAGUAAACGACGUCAGUGAGUUUGAGCGGAAGAGAUGGCGAUUCCGUUGUGUGUGCAGUGCGGGACACGCCAGAAUCCGUGCCAUUGCAAAAUCGUUGGACCCACGCUGGGAGUGGUGGCGUUUCUUAUCACAGCGGUCGUGGAAUGGCCCUUGGGUGCCGCUCUGUACUGCUUCCGGAGACAGAAAGCGCGGCGCCUGCUUCACCACCCCAACCGCGUUGUGUACCCUCGCGUCGCUAGUGCGAUCCCGUUUUAAAUCCGUUCGGGACGCUCCGGAUCACGUGAUCCCGUUGAUUGAGUUAGAAUUCCUCUCUAUCGAUCUCUCUUCUGAAGCUUAGUAGCUCACGCGGUGGUGUGUGUGAUUUGAGCCAUGAAAGCUCUCGGUGCACGUGCGAUUAUCUGUUAGACGAGGAUGUAAAAUGUGUGAUGCCCAUAUGUACAUAUUUUCGUAAUAACAGAUUCGAUACUUUGAGAAUGUGUUGAGAUUGA